ACGAAUCCAAGACAUUGCCCUUGGUAGCGGGAUUCCCUUGUCGUAUUCUGACAAAUUACAACUCCUCUCUCUCCCUCUCUCUGGUAAUUCCAAUCUGGAAAAAGGCUUCGGCGAAGCUGUACGCGGCUCAAUGCAAGCUAUGAAUUCCACGUGGGCUUUCAUAACCAGUUGGUUCACACCCACCUCUCUCUUCCUCCUCCUCAACCUCACCAUCGCCACCAUCGUUCUAAGCUCCCGUUUUGGCUCUCAGAGAAGACCAGAACAUGAGCAGCAACUCGAUCGAGUCCCUUCCUUUCUCGCCCGAGUCAAGUCCUUCAACUUCUCCCUCCACAAGUUUGACCAACCCAACACAGACCCAGUCGCCGAUCACUUUCUCCAACCCACGGACCCCGAGCACGUCACCAACCCGUGCCCCGUUCCGGCUCGUCCUCCGCCCCAAAUCGCCCGGUCUCCUUCCUUGUUGGAACGCCUCAAGUCCAUCAACCUCUCCUCUCUCUACCGAUCCGACUCAUCCACCAGUGAAAGCGAAGUUCAUCAUCCUACGGAUCUGAACUCGGACGCUGAUCAUUUGGUGAAGCAGAGCAAGUCGAACAAGAGUGUCGGAGCUCCGGAAAGGCCGGUGGAGAAGAUAAAGAAGUCUGCGAGUGAGAAAUCGCCGGUGGGGAGCUCCGAGGAGAAGGAGACGACGUCUUUGGAGGAGGACGAAGACGUGGACGAGAAGGCCGAUGAUUUUAUCAACAGGUUUAAGCAGCAGCUGCGGUUACAGCGGCUCGACUCUCUUCUUCGUUACAGGAACUUGCUUAAAAGGAAUUAAUCAAAUUAAAUUCAUAUUAUUAUAUUUCUUUUUGCGCUUUUGGCCGAUUAUACCCAUUACUUGUUGGUCUCACAUGGCAAGAUCGUGACGGUACGUAUUUAAUUCGGUCAUUUCAUUCCGUAAUGGAUAACAGAGCAUGGAGCACGGCAGUGAGAAUUCAACCAAGUACUGGAGUAACUUCUGCUCUCAUGGCCGGCGUUUCUUCUUCGACGUGGAUUUGAUUGAAUUCCGAACUAGGGUCAUAUUGGUCAUUUUGGACCCAUAUCUAUAGGUUGAAAAUUGAAGUUAUUUGCAUUUAGAAGUUGUAUAAUGCAUGAGGAAGAGCUAGUCCUAACAGGUUGUAAAUAAUCUUUAAGAAUCCUGUUAUGAUUAUCCACUGUCCUCUUAUCUUGUUCUUCCUUAGCCAUGUUACUAGAAUUUUCAAAAGAUGACUCAAAUGAAAGUGAU